CACACCGCACUGUAGCCGGAGCGCGUGAGCUGGGACUUUAAACCGGCCGCCCGGUACAGUGACAAUCCCAACACCGUUAUCUCCUUCAUUUGGGCUGUUUUCUGUUUGUUUGGAAAUAUGAUUAUACGUUAGUCCUAACGCUUCCUGGAAGUUAGUUCCCCCCUCGGACACGGCGCUUGUGUGAGUGUGUGGGACACUUUUAUUUCCCUCUGUCUCGGCGCGGACAUGGAGCUCGUGGGGAGGCGCUUCCUGUGCGCGAGCGGCGGAGAGGAGCGCGAGCUGGGCGGCGUGGCGCGCUGGGGCUGGAGAGCCGGACUGAUCCGCGCCGUCACCAACCGCCACACUGACAGCCCCGGUCUAGCAGUGUGCGUGGAAUGGGACGGCGAGCCGGCGGCUGAGUGUAAAUGGAGGAGGCUCAGGGAGGAGUGGGAGGUGUUUGUGCUGGAGCACGAGCUGGUAUGGGCCAAGAGGAACAGCACCUCACAGGAGAACAGCUCUCCACAGCCUGCACUGGUUUUUCAGCCCCUGAUUGGUCAAGCGCAUGUGGGUGGAGUGGCAGUGGUGGAGUUCCUGUCAGACAGAGAGCUGGAGUUCUACACACAAGGAGAAGAGCUUCGUCCGUAUGAGGGGGAAGUGGACGAUGGAAGCUUGCUGCUGAAAACAAAAGAUCACUCCAGCCAUGAGCAGCUCCAGGCUUGGCUCAGACACCGUAAGCUCCAGCACAUUCUUCAGCUAGGACACGGCAGUGUGAAGGGCCUCAGGGUGAAGGUGUUUAGACCUGACUCCAAACCACAGUGGCUCCAUGGUAUAGUCAGCCACCAUGAUCACACCAGCAGAACCAUGACUGUCCUGACCGACCAGGUAGCAGAGCCUCUGACCGUGGACCCAGCGCUUGUGCAUGUGCUGGCUCUAGACGACAUUAGCCAGUUGUUAUUAGUGGAAGAAAAUGCUGCAGCAAAUUGUACAACUCACACUAACAAGAUCAGCAGGAUCACCUUGAAUCCAGGAAACCAGUCAAGAAACACUACAGAAACAGAUCAGGUGUGUAGCUCUGGGCCAGUGCAGCGAAAACAGCCAGAGCUGUGCAGCGAGAACUCCAACUGCACCCUGACAGAGGACGACACAGACGGGAUGAGGGAGGAGAGUGAAGCUGAUGAAGCAAAAGCAGAUUAUUCAAAGAGUAGGAUCAACCAUAACGAGAGGAAGAGGAGGAAAGCAGAGGACCAGGAAGAGCAGGACGAAAAGAACAGUAGGAGUGCUGGACUAAAGAGGCCGAAGGGUAACAGUGGCUCUGACCAGUCAGACUGCAGUGAUUCGGAGGGCAGCAACUUGGACUCAAAAGGCCUAGAGAGAAAAUCUUCAAAGAACUCAGCUGACUGCAUAACAGUCAGCAGUCCUGGAGCACACUUAGGACAUGACCUGAAGGCUCACUUGUCCCCCAAAAGCAUAGAACUUUCUUCUAACCAGUUAGCAGACAUUGAAAGCCAGAGAGUAGGGAAUGUCAUGCCCUUGCAGGGUCAUUUAACCAACACACCCUGCAAUGGAGUGUACCAAACAGCUACUACACUACAGUGCACCAUAAGCCUGGGCUGUGAUAAAGUAGAAACGCAACAGGUAGAUGAAGGGAAGGAGGACCAGAAUGAGGGUACAUCACAAGAGGACUGUGAAGCUGUAUCUGCCCUUCUGGCAUCCCAAGAGAAUGACCAGCUGGUUUCCAUGGAGCCCGCAUGUGUGUUAUUACACACAUCACCACCUGAGUGCGAGGGAGUUGAGGAGAUUCCACCAGGUGACCCAGUGGUUGAGACAUCCAAUUUGACAUGCCCGGAGGUCAUUACACGCAGUUGUGACUCAGCAGAAGUACUGGAAGAAGACCAGAGAGUACUUUUAACUCGCUCUCCCACUAUGCUUUGCAACACAAAAAUGGAUGCUGUUAAACUAGUUAAGUCAAGUCGGUCUCCUGAAGCUGCUAGUCCUAGAAAUGAUAUAACUCCUGUCUCAGAAGUUAGCUACAAGUCCACUGAGGGCCUAAGUCCUUGCUCCUCUCUUGAGGUGAUUUCCAAACAACCAGAGGUUACAGAGUCUAGCGGGCUGAAGUGCAAUGCCUCCCCUCAAGCUGUCAAAAUUGAACAGAGCAGCUUACCCUCAAAAGUCAGUACAGAUAAAGUUAUCAUUGGCUUUAAAAGCACACAUGGUUUCAAAGUGACCCCUACCUCGAUGCCUCAUCAACAUAAUGCCCCCUCUCCUAACUCAACAGACACACAGUCUCAAUCAAGGACCCCUCCUCAGAAUAUUCUCAGUAAUCAUAUACAUAUUCCAGAUAAAGCAACAAAGAGCCCACUGAUCAUUGACAGAAAUGAGCCUUUCACAGUCUAUAGAGACCCAGCACUUGUGAGGAGAGAACUGGAGAGCCUCUCUCCCUAUGUCCAACCUUCACACACCCCACCCAACCUCCAUUCAAAACACCAUCUGAAGAGUCCAUCUCCGUCCUCCAGCUCCCCAAGCCUUACAUCCACCACCUCCCACACCAAGAUCAUAAGUCCUGCUGCACACCUUUCACAUCUUCCCCUCCCUUCCCAGUCUCCAUUGUGCUCUACUCACCCAUCCAUUCCCCACCCUCAUCUGCUUCCGGCUCUCCUACCUGGUUUGCCUCCAUCCUCAGCACUCCUGGCUGGACAUGCUCGGCUGGGGCCUCUGGGUCUCCCCCACCACCCGUUGACCCUGCAGGCGACACCAUCUCUUCUAGGACAGGGCCCGGGAACUGCUUCCCUUGCACCGAUGGGCCUUUACCCAGUCCUCUGGCCCCCUUUUCCUAAUGGGGUGCACAGCUACGGUCUGGGAAUACCAGGGUCGAAGUGGACGCCCCCAGAGACUGCAGGCUUGUCUGAGGCUAGCCUAAGGAGGAACACACCGAGCCCCUGGGUCCCUCAGACCUCUCCUGUAACCAGUACAGAAAGUCAGACUUUGCGACCUCCACUGCCUGUACCGCCCUCGAGCGCUGAACCCCAGAGACCAUCCAGGAGUGCCCAGCCCAACACCCCCACCUCUAAGAGCACAGAGGAACCAGAGAGGAGAGGGUUUGUAGAGACCCAAAUCUCAAUCCAUAUGCCACUGAAGGCAGAACAGGAGCGUGUGAGGGCAGUAGUAGGCAAGAGUGGACACACAUCCCACACCACAGUCACGGAGUCACCUUCUGCUCGCUCCAAACAGCCUCAGUUGGUGUACGACCUCACAGGCGACCGCACCAGCUGUUACCAGGAGGAAAGCCGGCGUAUUUUGCAGGAGAGUAUCGAAGUAGCACCAUUCACAGCCAAACUCGGCUCAGACAGAGAACCCUAUCCUAAAAGCCCCACUUCUUCACUACAUUUCAAAGAGAAAGAGAAGGAGCGACAGCAUGAGCGGGAGAUGCACGUGUUCAGACAUAGCGUACCUCCCAGGUUGCAAUCAGCCCAGCCUUCGCCGACACUCACCCAGAGUAGCUACUACACCCCUGCAGCUAGCAGUGUGGAUAACAAGGCUUCCACACGUAGAGCUCCACCCAGCAAAGAACUGUAUGAGAGACUGAGUUCUUCAAACACUGCAGCCUCUGUACACUCUUCCGCUAGUACACAGAGCACAGUCAAGGCUAGACCUCCGCCCCUCGUCAAGCGGAAUCCUGAGAAAGAGGAAGGUCUCUUAGGCAAGAUUACAGAGCAGCUCAUAUCAAAAGCUAUCUCACUGGACGAAAUGGACGUGAGUAGCAUGGAGAGGAAAGUCUCCUCUGCUUCUCUCAUUUCUGUCUCUUCAUCAUCUUCUUCCUCUCGCGUUGUACCCUCACUGCACAGGGCCCCCAUUUUUCACCCCCCAGCUUUACCCAUUGUGACAUCUAAAGAGUCCGGACAAAGUAGGAUGUCACCACCUACCUUGACACCCAUCCAGCCAAUGAGCUUAUCUGUAAAGGGUCAGAAUCAACACAGACCGCCCACAUUGACUCCCGAGCUCAGACACGGAGCGGUCGCUGGAAAGAGGGCGGGUCCUGAGCCAUUAGCCCUCACAAACAAGGGCUAUGAGUUGCAGAGGGGCGGAGUUUUGCACAACCGAGAAAGAGUGGUAGGGGGUCACACAACCAACGGAGGAUUGUUAAACACACAGGCUGCCACUGCUUCUGUUAUAGUUCGCUCUUCUGGCUACAUGCACGCAUCUGUGAAUCACACCAUCACUGAAAGGUCACUUUCCCAAGUUCAGUGUGACCAUGUGCGAACAUUUGAAAGUUUGCCAAGCACACACUCGAAAGACAGCAAUGGUCAGUGUAAGAGGGGCAUCCUGUGGACCCCUGUGGACACGGUGCAUCCUGUUAACAUGGUUGCUUUAAAACAGGACAGUAACACACCUUUGAACAUGACUAAAAAUAUAAAUGCACCUGCAAAUCGUGGGGUGAAAUACUCUGUAAAUAUCAAUACACCACACUCAAGCAUAGACUUGGUAUCCGAGCAAUGUGAAAAGAAGAAGGAGGAAAUUAGUAGGGUAGUUCAGCCAAAGGUAAAUCUCUCCGGUUGCCCCCCUAGAGACAUUCCCCAUGUAAAGAAACGUAGAGCUGGACUAGCUGCUUCAGAACCGAGACAAAGUUUCCAUGUCGUCCAGCCCCCGCACACUACAGACACUUCGAACGCUACCAAGAGCAGAUACACAUGCACUACACACAGCCUGCAUACCAAAUGCACUGCACACUCUCUGGAGCAAGAUAAAAAUUCUGUAUUCAACCCUAGCCCACCCAAAUACCCCAGGUUGGUCCCUGAGGUCACUGGAGUUGUAGCCAGCAAACCAGGCUCGGUGGCAAAAGUUCAACCACUGUCUCCUUCACUUCAUACUAACCAAUCUGCCAAGUCUGGUCAAAACAAUUACCACAAACUCAAAAAAGCUUGGCUUACCCGUCACUCUGAGCAAGACAGGGGUAGUAUCACCUCAGAGACAGCAGGGGGCAGUACCACACUCACCACCACAACCACUGUCUCACUGCCAAUCAAACAGGAGAUGAAUGGGCUGGAGGAUAAAUGGCCCGCACAGGAGGCCAAUGAUCUUUUUCUGGAUAAUAGGAAAUUUAAAGAUCUGGACAGGAAUUGCCUAGUGGAAGACAGGAAGCCCAAUGGAAGUAAUGUUAAGUCCAACACAGAGGAUAAAAAAACACCUCUGACUGGGAAUAAUAAACUUACUUUAGAAGAUGUAAAACCCACCGUGGAUAGAAAUGGCAGCUUGCAUGGUAAGAAGCCUAAUUUUCAGACUAAGAAGCUAUGCAUUAAUAUGAGGAAGCCGAUCCCAGCUGACAUAAUGAUGGAGAAUAAUAAUCAUGGGGAGAAACGGACCUUUCAGUCCACCUUUGAAAGUAAGAGUGGAGGAGACUCGAGCAAUGAGAGUGAAUGUCACAAAUCUGACCCAGGAAGCAUACGUCGGGCCAAACCCACAUUUCGAAAAAAACAGACCGAUUUAAAAAAACAGAGAGGCGAGAGUCAGAGAGAGCAUGAAGAGGAAGGAGGAGAAGAGGAUGAGUGGAAACUUAACGGCACAAUCCAGACUACCAAAGAGAAAUCUCAGAACAGGCUGCAUGGCAACGGCAUUCCUCGUUCCGUGCUAAAGGACUGGAGGAAGGUAAGGAAGCUGAAGCAGAGCGGUGAGGCCUUCUUGCAGGAUGACUCCUGUGCGGAGAUUGGAGCUAACGUUCAGAAAUGUCGGGAGUGCCGAUUGGAUCGCUCACGCAAGGCACAGGAGCCUGUCCUUUCACCCGUCUUCUGUCGCUUCUACUACUUUCGCAGACUCUCGUACAGCAAGAACGGAGUAGUGCGCGUGGACGGCUUCUCAGUUGUCGAGGACACUGAUGAAGAAGCAGUGCGUGUGUGGAUGGCAGGCUUUGAGGACAAAGAGGAAGACGGGCACAGGGAGAUGGAGCUGGACACAGCCAAAUACAUUCUGACACUCAUAGGAGACAAGUUUUGCCAGCUUGUCAAGACAGAAAACACAGCUGUCACAUGGGUCAAAAAAGACACCCAGGUGAUGUGGAAGCGAGCGGUGAGAGGUGUGAGAGAGAUGUGUGAUGCAUGUGAAGCUACUCUGUUUAAUAUGCACUGGGCCUGUCACAAGUGUGGCUUUGUGGUGUGCAUGGACUGCUACAAAGCCCGUGAGAAAAAGAGUGCCAAAGAUAAAGAACUCUAUGCCUGGGUACGGUGUGUGAAAAAUCAGCCCCAUGACCUGAAGAAUCUAAUGUCUACUCAGAUAGUACCAGAGAGGGUGUUAGCAGAUCUGCAGAGUGCCAUGCACUCUAUAAGGAGAGAAUACGGCAUUCCCUCUCAGUGCUCUUGCUUCGGCAGCAGUGCCUUCCUCUCCAGAUCCACCAUCACCAACGGCCUCUUGCAGCUUUCUGGGAGGACGCAGUGCGAGUUGAAAAGCCAGCAGCAAAAUCAGCAGAAGAGCACAAUGAAGACUGCUCACAAGAUCUCCACAGAGAGAAGAGGUAAAGUGGAGUGUGACAAUAUGGAGAUUCUGGACAGGAAGUCAGGCAGCCCAGAGCAGGGAUCCACUUUGCGUGACCUCCUAACAUCCACAGCUGGAAAACUACGGCUGGCAUCCACUGGGCCUGGAAUAGCCUUUGCACCAGUUUAUAGCAACACUGAUCAGACCGCUACGAAAGCUUGCAUGCCCAACCUUCUGGAUGACAUUAUUGCGUCUGUAGUGGAGAAUAAAAUUCCCGCCUCGAAAAUGACCAAACUUGGGUUAAACCGGGAUUUGCUGACAGAGGAGGAGGAGGAGGAGGAAGAGCUGGAGGAGGUGAAGCCUAUUCGAAUCCCAUUGGCCGACCUGCAUUCCAGUGUUCCACAUGAUUGGAUAGGCAGCCACCGGUUGCUUUGGCUUAAAGAUCACCAUCACCAAGGCAACCAAAGAUUGUUCAAAGAGAACUGGACUCAAGAGCAGCCGGUGCUGGUCUCUGGCUUGCACAAGAGUCUGAAUGCCGGUCUGUGGAAGCCAGAGCACUUUAGUAGGGAAUUUGCGGCACUCCACAGCGAUUUCUACAACUGCCGUGAUGGGAGCAUCAUAAACACCUGCGUCAAGGAAUUUUGGGAUGGAUUUGAGGAUGUGUCAAAGAGAGCUAAAUCUGCGAAAGGUGACCCUGCAGUAUACAGACUAAAGGACUGGCCAUCAGGGGAGGAGUUCCUGGCACUCAUGCCAUCCAGGUAUGAGGAUGUUAUGAGGGCGUUGCCAGUUCCAGAAUACACUGGUCCAGAUGGCGCCCUCAACCUGGCCUCUCGCCUUCCAUCAUUCUUCAUUCGGCCAGACCUGGGUCCUCGCCUCUGCUGUGCACAUGGUGUGACAGCAUGCCCAGAUCAGGACUUUGGAACCAGCAAUCUCCAUGUUGAAAUCUCUGACACUAUGAGUAUUUUGGUGUAUGUAGGUGUCGCCAGGGGCAAUGGAGCUCUUUCCAAGUCAGGAGUUUUAAAGCUGUUGGAGAGAGAGGAUCUGGAUGAGAGUGCAAAGAACAGGCUGGGAGAUCCCAGUGAAAUUCCAGGCGCACUGUGGCACAUCUACCUGAGUAAAGAUCUCCAUAAGAUCCAGGAAUUCCUCCAAACGGUAGCAAUCGAGCGUGCCGAGGCAGACGCUGAGGCUGACUCUGAGGCAGAAUGGGAGAAUGAGGCAGACCCUCUGCGCGAGGGAAGCUGGUACCUAAGCCCAGAGCUGCGGCAGAGGCUGCUGGAGGAACACGGUGUGGAGAGUCGCACACUGCUGCAGUUCUAUGGGGACACCGUGAUUAUCCCUGCCGGAGCCCUGCACCAGGUGAUGAAUUUGCACAGUUGCAUUCAGGUAAACGUGGACUUUGUGUCUCCUGAACAUGCUCACAACUCGUAUUACCUGACCCAGGAGCUCCGCCUUCUCAAAGACCAAAUCAAUUAUGAGGACAAAUUACAGGUAAAGAACAUCUUCUACCACUCGGUAAAGGACGCUGUGGCCGCUCUGAGCCGGCAUUUGAAAGAGCAGAGCACAGAGGAGGUAAAGGAGGAAGAGUGCUGACGGCAUUCAUGCUCACUCCGUGAGCAUGGCAAUAGGUGCAGACAAUCUCCAGACCUUUCAGAAGGAAACCACUGCUCUGAGAUCCGAUCCCUGAAUCGCACAUUUCGCACCAAUGACCAUAAACACUAUCGCUUCCGUGCAAGGACCCAUGACUUCCUCCAUGAUGUCACUAUAUUCAGUUUGAUUAUUGUCGCUAUGUCUGCUCCAGAGCUCAGCCCCAACCUGAUAUCUUCCUGCUUGUCCAGGAAGUGAGGUGAGAUGCUGAGGGAUGUCUGAACAGUGGAGCAGAGGAAGUGGAACUCUCUCUCUUCUGAGCAGGCAGCUGCAAGUUGCUGAGUAGGAAGAGAUGUGAACUGCUAAGCACAGCACUUUCGAGCUCUCACAUGCUAUAGGCUGUGGAUAACCAAUGCAAAAGAACAACAACGAAGGCAUUUUUAUUCAGAAGAUGAUGCUUUGAGGCAUACUCUUAAUCAGUAGUUAUUGUGCUGCUAACUGUUAGCUACACUGUCUGCUGAGGGUCAGACAGUCAGGGGGAAAGGCCAGGCCAACCAACUAUAGCAGCAUUCCUUUACGUUUGCCAACGCCAAGCUGUUAGCUUUUAUUGUUUAUGUUUAAAGGUGAUAUUAAAUUAUUAACAGUUUGGCUGGUAUUCACUGUGCAGAAGGAGAAUAUAAAGGAAUUUGCAGUAUAUGAUGUGUUUGUUUUAAAAAAAAGUUAUUGUGAAAUUUACAGCUGAAAUAUAAUAUGUAAAUAGCAGAAUAUACAUAUAUAUAAUAUAUUAAUUAUGAUUUUUCUAUAACAUGGUGUGCUUUAUUUGCUGUAUGUGUUGUUUGCUACUGUAUGUACAUUGAGGCUAA